AUGACUCCAACCGUGCCCUCCGGGCCAGGUGUGGCGCUUGUGAUCGUUGACGUCCAAAAUGAUUUUAUCAAUGGAACGCUGACGGUGCCUGGUGGACAGGACAUUAUUCCGAGCGUGAAGCAUUUAGUGAACGAGUUUCCCUGCUCCUGUAUCGUGGCGACCAAGGAUUUUCACCCGCCUAACCACGCGUCGUUCGCAUCCACGCACGGACUUGCGCCGUUCCAAUUGCAUACCAUUCCGCAUCCUUACGACCCACGCGCAUCCCUUUCGCAGAUGCUCUGGCCUGAUCACUGUGUGCAAGGUACACGUGGUGCCGAGAUUCACGAUGACAUUCAAGCUGCGCUCGAUAUGCGUGAAAAGGCUGGCACACCUGUUUCUUACGUGCUAAAAGGAACAGACGCUCGUGUGGACAGCUACUCUGCCUUUGCGUGCGCCGAUUAUUUACAAUUUACCAAUAUGGCGUCCAUCUUGCAUCGUGCCCAUAUCCACACGGUGGUGGUGUGUGGCCUGGCGACCGACUACUGUGUGCGUGCUACAGCCGUGGAUGCUGCCAAGUUUGGAUUCCGCACGUAUGUGUUGCAGGACUGCAUCCGUGGCGUGGACCCUUCGACGACGGCGGAGGCUGAACAAGUCAUGUCUUGGUAUCAAGUUUCACUAUGUACAUGA